GCUAAUCGCUGCAAGAAAUCAGUUCUUAUUUCGCAUUCCUUGAAUUUACUUCUGCAGAAAAUUAAUUCAUUUGGAAACAGCAAUGGGAGACAAGGAGCAACUUAUCUCCGAUGAAUCGGUUGAAGCUACUAGAAAUGUCGCCAAAAAGGACAACUAUCUAAAACUGCCAUGGUACUUUGCCGGUGGUUUCCUGGUGUUCUGGGCACUCCUCUUUUUCGCCAUUGUAAUUCCAUUGUUCUACAAGCUACCCACGCCCCUGACAAUGGAAGACGCUAAGAAGAGCGUUUUUAUUACGGAACGUGCCUUCAAUAACCUUUACACGAUUGCCAACAUUGGUAACAAAUUGACGGGCAGUCCGGAAAAUGAAAUCCAAGCUGUCGAUUUCAUUGUUAAUGAACUCGAAAGUAUUCAAAGUGUCUUAUUGACGGACUACUUCACAUUGGAAUAUAAAACGGAGCAAGUCUCUGGAGGAUUCGCUUAUAGCACAAUGCUAAACACUUACAAAGGAGUUCAGAAUGUUGUCGCAAGAUUGUCGCCCAUAAACGGCACAACCGAUGACGCACUUCUGAUCAAUAGUCACUUUGAUUCUAAGCCAUAUACAAACUCGGCUGGUGAUGCUGGAUUCAUGAUUGUUGCAAUGUUGGAAGUUCUACGAGUCAUUGCGACAACUAAGCAGUCCAUUGACCAUCCACUUAUAUUUUUGUUCAACGGAGCUGAAGAAGGAGCAUUGGAAGCAUCUCAUGGUUUCAUAUUAAAUGACCCAUGGGCAAAGGCUUGCAGGGCUGUCAUCAACUUGGACGCUGCAGGCAGUGGAGGCAAGGACAUUCUAUUCCAAAGUGGUCCCAAUCACCCAUGGCUUAUUAAGUAUUACAAGCAAUGCAUCAAAUAUCCGUUUGCUCAAACUAUGGCGGAGGAAAUUUUCCAAUCGGGCAUUAUACCUUCGGAUACAGAUUUUCGUCAGUUUUCUACAUACUUAGAUAUUCCCGGUUUGGACAUGGCACAGGUUAUUAAUGGUUAUGUCUAUCAUACCAAAUAUGAUCUGAUCGAUGUGAUUCCUCGUGGCGCGUUACAAAAUACGGGAGACAAUAUUCUCAGCUUGGUCCGGUGCUUCGCGAAUGCUACUGAAAUUUACGAUACUGCUGCUUAUGCGAGUGGACAUGCGGUCUUCUUCGAUUUCCUGGGUGUUUACUUCUUCUAUUAUUCAGAGUCGACUGGAAUUUAUUUGAACUACGGAGUUGCUGGAGCCACUAUCAUUCUAAUUUUUGUUUCGAUCUGGCGAAUGUCAUCUGUUUCCAAAGUCUCCAUUUGCCAUGUGAUCCGUUGGUUUAUCUUCGUUUUUGUGAUUCAGAUUAUUUCCUUCGUGCUUGGUCUAGGACUUCCAAUUGCAGUCGCGUACGGAAUGGAUUCCCUUGGAUUAACACUGACUUACUAUAGCACCCAUUUGCUGGUAGUCGGAUUGUAUGUGUGCCCCUCACUUAUUGGCCUCAGUGUGCCCAUUACUAUCUACUACAGUCUUCAGCGUAACGAUAAACUCUCAAAUCCUUACCACCUCCAGUUGGCAUUGCACAGUCAAGCCAUCCUCCUCGCUGUUCUCGCAGCUGUUGUUACGUAUCUGGGCUACCGCACAGCAUAUAUCUUCACUAUUCCACUUAUCUUCUACGUCGGUUCCUUGGCCCUGAACCUAUUGACUACUCUGCACGAUCGGGGUUAUUCUUGGUCAGGCCUGCUGAAGCUCAGUCAGGUCGCUCCUUUCCUGUACAGCAGCUAUCUGAUGUAUGUCUUUAUUGUGGCCCUAACUCCUAUGGGUGGUCGUGCUGGUAGUGGGAGCAACCGGGAUUUGUAUAUUGCUGUCUUGGCUGCCUUAGGAACUAUUCUCUCUUUUGGUUUUUUGGUUCCGCUUAUCAACUCAUUCCGACGACCAAGCUUUGUAAUACUCGGCGUAUUGGCAACCACAGCUCUCGCUUUUUACUUGGCCAGUAGCACUCAACUGGGUUUCCCAUACCGUCCAAAGACGAGUGGUCAGCGCGUUUCAUAUUUGCAAGUGCGCAAUAUGUUCUACGAGUAUGAUGGAACUCUCAGUAAAGAUGAGUCUGGAUAUUUGUUUAGCUUCCAAGAUCGUCGCGGAGCAACUCCAUUCGCAGGCACCAAAGUCAACCUAACUGGUCUGGUUAGCAUUGCAGACAGAUGCGAUACACAUAUGAUGUGUGGAAUGCCGUUGUAUGACUACCGCUUUUACGCGAAUCGUCCAUACCUCCAAUGGCUUCCACGUUCCGAGCCCAUUGUCCCACCAGGCGACUUCCAGUUUGAGCUUUUGAAUAAGACCUCCGUCAACUCUACAACUAUGCAAUACUGGUUUAAGACGUCGGUUUCUAGCCACAUGAAUAUAUAUUUCCAGCCCAACGAAGAUGUUCAAAUCAUUGGCUGGUCAUUCUUGGAAAGCUAUCUUACGAACACCCCGCCAUACUUCAUUUAUCUUGUGCACGGUAUUGAUGAAAGUCCAUAUAUCUUUAGUGUGGAUAUUUGGAAAUCGGAUGGAGACUUCGACGUACCCGCAUUCCAACUAGGAUGUGCAAAUCAUAAUGUUACAGCGCCUGGUGAUGCCGAAGCUGUGAAAUUUGCAUCAACAUUCCCAUCAUUUUCAAUCCUAGCCCAAUGGCCCGUAUUAUACAAACGAUACAUUUUUUAAAUCUAUGAAUUAUUUGAAUUUUCAAUAAAUAUAUUAAUACAUUUUGAACACAAAUUACUUGAA